AUGCCGGGCUCUUUUGAGACCUCAGUUAGUACUUUCCCCGACUCGGCCUUCAAAGGUUUGCCCAUCUCUACCUCCGCAGGCCCAGACUUCAAACACCUGGGGCACUUCUCUGGUCCCCCAGGCCGGAGCUGGUUUUACGAGCACGGGACCAGUCUUCAGGCUCAACAGUAUUUCCACUGUGCUCCUGCCUUAUCCAAGUGCGACCCCAAUGUCAGCCCCCCGCCUCCUCCCUUCCAGUCCCUCAACCGCACCCUUCGCUCAGUUUAUGGAAUCUCUCUGUGGGACUUGACAUCAUCCAACCAGGGACCCCGAUUUGUUCCUACAAAGCUUCGUUUUAAGACCGUGUACUUGUCAGAAGCCUAUUUCAGGAAGACGGGGAAGCGAUCCAAGGCCAAUAUCAUUUUCAACACUUCCCUUGGCACAAUUUUUGGGGUGAAGAAGUAUGCAGCUGCCCUGCAGGAGAUCAUCCGGGAAAGGAACCUCACUGUUAACCACAAACAAAACCUCAUUGAAGUCCGAGCUGAUAGGCAAGAGGCUGUUUUUGAGAAUCUGGACAAACCUGGAGAGACCCAAGUGAUUUCAUACGAAAUGCUUCACGUGACCCCACCAAUGAGCUCACCAGAUGCCCUCAAGACGAGUCCUGUGGCUGAUGCUGUGGGUUGGGUGGACCUCGAUAAAGAAACUCUUCAACACAAGAAAUACCCAAAUGUGUUUGGGAUUGGGGACUGCGCCAACCUUCCCACGUCGAAGCCCGCUGCUGCCGUGGCUGCCCAGUCAGGAAUACCCGACAGAACAAUUUCUCUGACGAUGAAGAAUAAAAAACCAACAAAAAAGUAUGAUGGCUACACCUCGUGUCCACUGGUGACUGGCUACAACCGGGUGAUUCUCGCGGAAUUCGACUACAAUGCUCAGCCGCUGGAAACCUUCCCCCAGAGCCGGUCCCAGAGCAGGGAGCGACUUACCAUGUACCUCAUGAAGGCUGACCUGAUGCCUUUCCUGUGCUGGAAUAUGAUGCUAAGGGGUUACUGGGGAGGACCAGCAUUUCUGCGCAAGUUGUUCCAUCUGGGGAUGAGUUAAGGAUGGUUUCUGAACCCCAGUCACAGUUGCUGAUUGAUCAAGAGCAGCAUGAAGAACUUAAAACCUAACCCCGCUCGAAGAAUUUACUGCUGGAUCAUGGUGA